ACACAGAGGAACACAUUGGCUCCAAGGCACUUCCUCUGAUUUAGGAAGGCAAGGCCCUGGAUAAGAAUGACAAGACGAUCAUUCCAAAAGGACGAAUCCUGAUGGUUCUCUCUGGGACCUGCAGGAGAAGAGCUCGUCACUCAGGAACCACAGAAGUUUUAAGUCAUGGAGACUAAUGAUGACCCUGAGGAAGAUCACCUCGCAAGUUAUGAUAUUCAGCUCAGUAUUCAAGAAUCCAUUGAGGCCAGCAAGACUGUAUUUUAUCCUGAAAGAUUUGUACCACUGAGCGAUCAAAACAGAAAGCUUGUGGAGGCCAUAAAGCAAGGUCACAUUCUUGAGCUCCAGGAGUAUGUGAAAUAUAAAUAUGCAUUGGAUGAAGCUGAUGAAAAAGGAUGGUUUCCAUUGCAUGAAGCUGUUGUUCAACCCAUUCAGCAAAUACUUGAAGUGGUCCUGGAUGCAUCCUAUCAGACGCUCUGGGAGUUCAAGACCUCUGAUGGAGAAACACCCUUGACCUUGGCAGUCAAAGCUGGUCUGGUGGAAAAUGUAAGAACUUUACUAGAGAAAGGAGUGUGGCCAAACACCAAAAAUGACAACGGAGAGACACCCCUUCUAAUUGCUGUAAAAAAGGGCUCCUAUGACAUGGUGUCUGCUCUGCUUGAACACAACACCAGCCUGGACCAGCCCUGUGUCAAGCGAUGGUCGGCAAUGCACGAAGCAGCCAAGCAGGGCCGCAAGGACAUCGUAGCUCUGCUGCUAACCCAUGGAGGCAGUGUCCACCUGAGAGACGGAUUUGGAGUCACACCAUUAGGUGUUGCCGCCGAGUAUGGUCACUGUGAUGUGCUGGAACACCUCAUCCACAAAGGAGGUGACGUGCUUGCUUUGGCGGAUGACGGGGCAUCCGUGUUGUUUGAGGCAGCAGGAGGGGGCAACCCCGACUGCAUCUCCCUCCUGCUGGAAUAUGGAGGAAGUGGAAAUGUACCUAACAGAGCAGGGCAUCUUCCUAUACACCGAGCUGCCUACGAGGGACAUUAUCUUGCACUGAAAUAUCUUAUUCCAGUAACAUCCAAAAAUGCAAUCCAGAAAAGUGGGAUGACACCAAUUCACUCCGCAGCAGAUGGACAAAGUGUACAGUGCCUAGAACUGCUUAUUGAAAAUGGUUUUGAUGUCAAUGCCCUGCUUGCGGACCACAUUUCCGAGAGCUACGACGAUGAACGGAAGACUGCGCUAUAUUUUGCUGUUUCUAAUAAUGACAUCCACUGCACAGAACUCCUUCUGGCUGCAGGUGCAGACCCGAACCUCGAUCCCCUCAACUGUCUACUUGUGGCAGUGAGGGCCAAUAAUCAUGAAAUUGUCCGGCUGCUUCUCUCCCACGGAGCUAACGUCAACUGUUAUUUUAUGCAUGUGAACGACACUCGCUUCCCCAGUGCCAUUCAGUAUGCCCUAAAUGACGAGGUGAUGCUGAGGCUGUUGCUGAAUAAUGGCUAUCAGGUGGAGAUGUGCUUUGAAUGCAUGCACGGGGACAUCUUUGGAAAUUCGUUUGUGUGGUCGGACAUAGAGGAAGAGGUACUGCCGGGAUGGACAUCUUGUGUCAUAAAAGAUAACCCGUUCUGUGAGUUUAUUACAGUUCCGUGGAUGAAACACUUGGUAGGCAGCGUUAUUCGUGUAUUAAUAGAUUACAUGGAUUAUAUCCCUCUGUGUGCUAAGCUGAAAUCGGCACUAGAAGUACAGAGAGAAUGGCCAGAAAUCCGUCAAAUACUAGCCAGCCCUCCCUUUGUCUGAAGUCUCUUUUUAUGCUGUGUUCUCCUGGACAUUUUGGACAUUUCAUCCAUGUCCGUGGUUUCAGUGACUGUCUACAUGCUGUUGACUGUAAAACUUAUACCCGAAGUCCAGCUCUUUCUCCUAUGCGCUUGAGCCGUAAGUAGACAAUUGGCCUAAAGGACAUUUGAAUACAAAGAUACCUCAAAUUCAGCAGGUCCUGAAAUGAACUCACUGUCUUCCUCCACUAAAGGUCUCCUUCUCUUACAUUCUCUAGCUCAGUAGUUAACCUGGUUAUCAAUAGUUAACCCAAUUAUCAAGUCAAAAGCCUGGACAUCAGCCUUGCCUAUCGGUUUUCCUUACUCAACAGAACAAAUCACCAGACCCUGGUCAGUUUACUUCAUGAAGUCAUCUUCUUUGCCUCAGGUUCACUGAGUCAGCCCCAUACCGGCUGUUACCAGCUUUCUUCCUGGGGGACUGCAGUGCUGCCUACCUGGUCUUCCUCCCGGCUGUCUUGCCCCACCCCACGCACAUUCUACACCACAUCCUGGAGUGAUCUUUCACAGAUGUAAGCAAGUUUCAGUCCCCUGCUUAAAACCAUUCCCACUGCUCUUAGGAUAAAGUCCAAAGGUCUUCCAUGGCCCUUCGUGAUCUAACUCUGUGACUUUCUCCUUAGACUUCUCUCUUAAUGUCUCCCUUACCAUAUUAAACACCUUUUGUAAGUUUACUCUUUGAACAGUGAUUUUCGAUUUUAUACAUCGGUACUUUUUGUUUUACUAAUUUUAAAAAUUGGGACAUCUAUUACAUCUACUUUUGCCUCUGUCAUUUCACAAAAGAGGGGCCAUUUUAAUGCCACAAAAUGGGGCUGCCUUAAACUCGAUUAUAAAAAUUGAGUGACUUGAGCUUUGGAAAGACUUAGUAAACUGUCUUUAUUUUCCCACUGCUGGGUGAAAAUCUCGUUCUGGCCCAACAAGUCUCUGAAGCCUUUUGUUUGGGAAGCACUGUUGUAGAAGAGACCAGGCUCUCUUACACCUCAGGGUCUUUGCAUUUCCUUCUUCUUCUGCGUGGAAUCCUCUUUCCGCCUCCCUUUUCCCUUCUCCACCCUUUAUCCUACAGGUUUCAGCUUAGAUGUUCCUUCCUCUAGGAUGGGAGGCCCCAGUACUUCUCAUGCUGUAUCAUAGGUGCUUGUGUUCCCAUCCAUCUGCCCCACUAGACUGUAAGCUCUCUGAGGGCAGGGCCUAUGUCUGACUUAUUUUGCAGUGUUUUUUAAGGCCAAGCACAUUCCCUAGAGCACAGAGAGAGUUCCAAAAUUAUUAAUUGAAUAUAUUGAAUGAGUGAAUGUUAUAUAAGUCCCAGACAAAAGUAAUCAGUCACCUCAUGGUAAAAUGAUAGUUUUGAAUCACUGAAUUGAUACGUAGCCUGAAUAAUGUAAUGACUUAGAUUCACUUUUCUUAGAUUUUUUUUAUAGUUAUUUUAUCUUAAGAGUUAUUGUAUUCUUUCAACAGUAAUAC